AUGUCCCAAGGCCGCAAUACAGCUGAGCAAAGACUCCCAGACAUCGACUACACACAGCUGACACAGCUCACCCAGUUAAAUGACAGUAUGAGUUCAACUGAAGAAACCCAUAAAAGAUUCAUGAAGCUUUAUGAAGGAAUAUUCCAGCGGCCUCAGACAUCUUUACUAAAAAAACAACUCAAGUGUAGGAUGCAUCCUCCAGUGAAGCCGAGCAUCUAUGAAGCCGUCCAGGAGGUCAGCAGACAUCAGCCACAUGGAAAACUGGCUCAGGAAUCACUCAUGAAUCAAGCCAUCAAAGCCCUUAAGAAACUCCCUAUUGAGAGAUCCCAGUCAGAGCAUCAUGUCAUUAAUAAACUGUUGAUGGGAGUCCACAGUCUGAGCUCAACGCUGGGCUCGCAAGAGCUGAAACAGAUCAGUACCAUCACCACCGUCGAGACAUGGGACCGUGGACAGAUCAUUUUUGCACAUAAUGGAUUUUACCUUGUUCUGAAGGGCUCAGUGAAACCAUUCAACCAUGAAACCCUGAGAGAGGAUCAGACUGUCUCUACGAUUGCAACUGGAGGUUCUUUUGGAUCUUGUGAACCUGUAAAUGCAGCAGAGGGAAGUGACAUUGUCCAGUGUGUCCUGACACUCGAGACUUGCGAGCUUCUCAAAAUAUCUCGAUCUGGCUAUGAGAAGCUAAUAAAGGAUAUCCUGGCACGGAAUCACGAAGUUAAAGCAUCUUUGAUUCAAGGUUGCCAGCUGUACCUUCACUGGCCAAAGCUCUCCAUCAACCACCUGGUGGACGGCAUGCAGCUCAAAACAUUCCCAGCUAAUCAAGUGCUGGUGAAGGAGGGAAAUAUCUGCUCAUUCGUGGCUUUCAUUGCACGUGGUGAAUGUAACAUCCUUCAGGACGUGGGAUCGUUAAUAAAAUCUGUGGACACAAAGUCCUGCAGGGUCAGAUCUGUAGUGGUUGGUAAACUGGGCCCAAAGCAGUCGUUUGGAGAGGUCAGCAUCCUAUUGGAACAGCCUUCGCCAUGUACUGUUAUCACGGCCACUGAAGUUCACGGUGGAAUCAUUCAGCCGGAGUGUGUUAAAGGUCUGGACUCGGUGACCACUUCUCUUAUACUGCAGACGGCUCAGCCUGUGUGUGGAAAACUCAGUGAGGAGGAAGUCAUGAAGGAGUUCCUGACACAGGAGAGGAUGAAGAAAUGGGAACUGGAGAAGAGGAAGAUUCUCUCUGAGGCUCUGUUUUAUAAUGGUGUUCAGCCAGGAAGAGGGAAAUGGACUUUUAACAGAGGGCCAGGAGGAAAAACUGAGAACUCCAAUAAGUCCAUAUGA